AGAAGGAGCUGGGAGUCAGGCACUGCUAGGAGAGCAGAUUAUGAAGCGGAGCUCGACCAGCGGCAGUCUCCUUUCAUUGUCUCAAUGGCUGCACACGCAUUCUUCCUCUGCUCCCUCGCCUUGCUGUCUGCUCUCAGCCGGCCUGGGCUCUCCUUCACGGAGGAAGAGUUGCAGGUGGGACUCACCUAUGACGAAGUGCCUGAAAUCCUGGACCGAAGGUAAAAAUCCUAUUCACAGGGGUGUAGAGGAGGAGGAGGAGGAGGGGGGAGGGGAGAUGCAGGCAGGGAUGCUGGGAUGCUGAUGUGUUCUCUGAGGGUCUUUCUUUUUCCUCCAAUUUCUUCUUUCUCUCCAUCUCACCUUGGCUGUAACAGUAAGUGUGAAUGCAGGCAGUGUUGGUGUUGCACAAAAAGAGAGCAGGGCUGCAAGGCUUUGUUUGUCUCAGUGUUGGGGACUGCAUCAGACGCUGCUCAUCGAUCACGGAUGGGGCUGUUGUCUCUAUACAGUAGUGUUGGUCUGGCAGGAGGAGUUGAAUUAGGCUGAGGCAAUGGCCUGCAGGAGAGGGAUAGAGAGGGGGAGUGAAAGAAAGAGGAGAGGAAAGGAGAAGGUAUGAGGUAAGGUAAACAAGGAUGGGACGUGGAGGAGAGGAGAGGAGAGGAUGCAUCAGGGCUGGUCUGCUGGGGUCUGUUUACUGAUGCAGUCAUUGAGAGAGAGAGAGAGAGAGAGAGAGAGAGAGAGAGAGAGAGAGAGAGAGAGAGAGAGAGAGGGGAGAGAGGGAAUUCUAGCCGGCCAUGUCUGCAUAAUGCACAUGCAGUCCUGCAGGUCAAAUCUGGAUAAAAUAUUCAGCGCUCAAACCUGGAGGCGCUCACAGCAGUGUCACAGGGGGGACGGGACUGAGCAGGCAGCCAGGACCUUUGCCUUAGUACCAGGUUCUGCCUGCUUACAGAGACAUCAGGGCAAAGAGCAGUAAUACUGUGCCAAAACCAUGUAAGGCUCUUGAAACUGUGCCAUGCAUGGCGGCUCACACAGUCCUCCAUAGGGCGAAUGAUUCAAAGCUCUAAUGUGCUGCAGUAUCUGACACAAUGUCCCUUAAUCACUGUCAAACAAUUUGCUUGUUAUGGCACUUUCAGGACAGUCUCACACUCUGGAGACUGACAGAUUAUUACAGUCAUGCUUUUGUUUAUUACAUAAUCUUAUCUUUGUGUAAGACACAGAUAGCUUGGAUUUAAAAUUCAAUAUACAAAGUCUCACAGGGUUUUUCUCAAUUCCAGUUCAAUCUUGCGUUGGAAGAUCCCUGACAGAUCCCUAUCUUAACUUUUCACCGCAGUCACUCCAUCACGGGAUGACUAUGGUUAUUUCUCCGGGGAGCUUCAAGCCUAUAUCCCCCGGAUCAAACUUUGUAUGUAAACUCUGCAACGUAACACUUGCAGUCCCCAGUCACAGCGCCUGUUCUCGGCUCUGACACACUCCAAGAUGCUGUUAUAUAAGAGCAGCCUUUCAUUUCAGAGGCCUUGCUGGGUGCACAUCACGCAGAAGGAAAGGUACGAGUGAGUUAGAAGCCUCUAGUGCCGAUAGACAUGUUGUCAGGGGAAGAUAAUAACAGGAAGAUGUGACUUUCUUUUGUAUCUGACAUGUUGCGCUUUGACAGUUAUGGAACUGGACAAAUAAUAGGAGCUAGAGGCUGUGCAGAGUUAUUAAAAAUAGUAGUCAAAAAGGACCGAAAGCUCAGUUAUGUAUCUCUCUGCCUUAUCGUCUUAACUUAACAUUAUCCAACUACUUUCUAGGAAAUGCGGUUGAGGUGCUUAAAUAUCUUUCCAAGAAAUAAACAACAACAACAACAAGAAAAAACGCAGCCCAGAAGGUUGUGUAUAACACAUUUUUAUAUAACUGUUAUGAUCUACAUGGUUGUAAUAUUUAUAAGACUCUUCAUGCGUAACACAUUUUUGCUGAUGAAUGGGAACAUGAUCCAAAAAGGGCACAGAUUAGGAACCCUAAGUCGAAGUUGUCAUUUUGGAAAUGACCUCUUCAAUCAUCCGUUCUGAGACCAUCAACAGUAAAAGAUAGAGACUCAGAGGUACAGCACUGGAAUGAGGUUUUACAGCUGCUGUGUGGAGAUGUUUGUGAGUGUAAAAAUACAUGGAUGUUGUUGUGGCGAGCUUUUUUUUUUUAUAUAAGACUCUAUGAAAUGGCAAUGAGAAGAUAUUAUUCAAAGCUGUUUACAAAUGUCGAUAUGAGUUGCAUGAACAUUGAAAAGCCUAGAUGGCAAAGAUUCAGGGACUAGGAUUACUGGAUAACAUAGUGACACACACAGCUUUUGAUGUUACACUUUUAAAACAUGUCAGUCUAAAUGAGCAACAAAUAUGAAUCAAUCUCAAAACUAUUUUUUGUACACAUGGGGCACUAAAACCUUCAAUGAAAAGACACUUCAGUUAGCCUGACAUGGUACAUUUCUCUUAUAAUUUUACUUAUUAAUAUGCUGCAAUUUCUAGAUCUACUAUAAGUCAUGCAAACUAUGAAAUAUCAUUUAGGAAAAGUGACACUUAGUGAGAAUAAAUGAGGUUAGCACAACUGAACCAGCACAAGACUUAUUCAUCUCUGUAUUUUCACCCGAUGUAAAUCCACAUUUUUUUGCAAAUAACAAAAGUGGACGUUUUUUUUUUCCCUUUGAAACAGUGAAGUAAAAAAUUUUGAGGCCGUAACUGCAUUACAAGACAUAAUAUUGUAAGAAUAUCUAUCCCUGUGUGUGAUGAACAGUGUAAGAGGGCGACACGGGGUCAAGUGUAUGUCUUAGUGAGCAUUUGUUUGCAGCUUUAAAGGUCUAGCAGCCACAGUAUGUAGUCAACAUGUGCCUGUGUUUAUCUUAAAACUGUUAAACACAGACAAAAUGAGCUAAGUAUAGACACAGAUUAGAGGUUAGGUAUUGGAUUUCUCUUGAACGAUUGGCGAGUGAUCCCCUUUGAAAAAAAGGCUUAGAGUAAGGGUUAACAGACAGAUAAUACAGUAGUAUUCUUUCAUGAAAUGUCUGCUGUGAUGGUGAUUAGAAACAAUGUGCUAUUCUCUGUCUGACUGUGGUUAUGUUAGGGUGCAUAAACCACCACUGAUGCAUCUGAUCUCAGAGGAGAAGAAAGAUUCAGACAACUCAAGUACUUGACCUGAGGUCAGACACGCUGAGGAGUUGCUGGAAUGGCAGCACUGCUCUGAGCGGCAUCUUAGUAAACUCCUAGAGCUUAAUCUGCACUAAUAAAUCUAUUAAUAGGCUAGCACCUGCAGAGCUAGGAUAAGGACAUGUUUACCUGUCUGUUCAGGGAUCCAAUAAAUUACCAGUUAGUACAUCGAGUAAAAGAAACUAGAAAAUCAAAAUCAAAACACCCUCAAAAUUAUACUUUCUUAGAUUAACUUAAUUGAGUAGAUCGUUUAAUGAUAGGGUCUACGUUCAGUAUUCACUUAGUUAAUAUUGUCUUUGUGAGGAUUUAUUUUUGUGAUAUCUUGAAGUAAAUCUUCAUAAAAACUGUGAGCCAAACAGACCACAAGGAAGAAGUUGCGUACUGUACUUGACAAAAGUGAAAAACUAGAUUCCUUCUCAUGCAACUGUGUUUGUAUUGUAGUAUGUAGAGGUUCGGACGUGGUGUACAGAGAGUCAGAGUGCGGUGGCUCAGCACUCUGUGGUGGCACAGGCGAAGAGGAUUUGUUUACAAGUUUAGAGCGCAGGAACCACACCUUCUCUCUGCGCAGCAGCACCGUCACAGAUGAGGGACAUAAACAACUACCCAUUCACCGGCUUGAAUAAGGAGGUGCAGUGAUUUAUCAAUUUAGACACAAUGAGGGGGAUUAAUACUUUGACAGGAAUGAUUGGUAUAAUAACACUCUUAUAUUCCUGUUUAUGCAUUCAGGACGGUCUCACUCGGGUGCUUUGAAAAGGUGCAGUUUACAAUCUUGCAUGCACACAUUUUUAAGAAUAUAUGCAGAGGGAGUGAGGUGAGCCAAGGAGUGGCUCUGGCAUGGCUUUGAUUAUAUAAAGGGCCUGUUCAGCACCAAGGCACUGUGUGACAAGCUGAACCAAUGACGGGGCCGCAGCAGUCCUGGGUUGCUGACCUCGCGAAACUGGCACAGGAACAAACGGUUGGGCUUUAGUUAGCACUCACACACUCGUGCUUGCACCAACUCCUCUGGCUCCUCUCAGCCAGAUGAGGCCUGGGAAGGUGCAGAGGAAGGAGCGCUUAUUCACUCGUAUUUGGGAUGGGCUGUGGUGCAAAUGCAGCUCGAGUGCAAUGACACACAAAGUUGUAAAGUGACGUCUGUUGCUGCGCACAGUGUGUAGUGAAUCACAAAUAUGUGAAUCAGAAUAAAUAGAUAUUUAAGGGGAUUUUUAACCCUUUCUCUGCUUUAAGAUGAAUAAGUUUCCGUAUAUCAGUGCAGUUGAUAAGUGAGCAGCAGCCAAGUAACUCAUGCUUCUGAGGUUUCAGUCACAGCUGCCAAAGCCGUAGUGCUUUUGGCAGCUCUUUCAUACACAUCAUGCUUACCCAGCAUUCACCUGGGUAAAUGUAAAUAUUUAAUAAACUGUCAUUUUGUUACCCGUGACACAAAGGAAGGAGACAUUACAUAAAAGCUUCUUUAGUGGAACGUCUGGGUGCGUGAUUGCGUGUUUACACUGGCACAAAAACGCACCCCGUCUCAGGAAGUCUAAUUUAGCCAAUUAUGAUGCUGACCUGGACAAACGCACCUGAAUGUAGGGUGAGGAGUCUGUACAGAGAGAGAGAGAGAGAGAGAGAGAGACAGCAUGGCAGCUCCUUGUUAAUCACAUCCAUGCCUUAACUCUGCAGACAAAUCAGGCAUUCAUCAUUAAUGGUUCAGCUGCACAAAAGCUGCACUCCUUUCAUUAGGCUUAGUGGGAAAACCCUGCUGAUUACUCCACAGCUGUGUGUUUGGUGAUCAGUCGAAAUCAAUGCUGUGCUACGUAACAGAAGCCUGCAUCUACUAUUGCAUACCAUCAGCUUCUCUUACUGCAGAACCUGAUCCUGUGGAUGACACCAUCUUUUUUCUUACCUGCCUUUUUUUUUUUGUCUUACUCGCUCACUGAGAACAUUUUGUACCUUUACUGAACUAAAAUCUCAGCAACCUCUCUUUUAUUUACGAUCAGUGAUUACAAAGAGGACAAUGCUGAAACAGGAUUACGAUCAUCUUUAACAGAAAAUCUAUUUUUUUAUUGAUUUCUUUAAGAAUUUGAACAUCUAAAAGAAAAAACAAACAGACUUAAAGAGCAAAACAUGCAUAAAAACAUGCAAAAACUAAAAUAUUAUGAAACUUGUUGAGAAAUUUGAACACAGAUCCAAGAUGUUCUUUUUCUUUUUAUGGCUAACAAUUACACUAAUUUAAUUAAGUACCCUUGACUUGCUCCAUUGGGCUGUCACAGUUACAGUCAAAGGACAGGUGUUCAAUGGUUCAGGAUGUGGAGGGUUAGUUCAGUUUUAUUAAUUAGCACCUGAACUGUCCAGAACACUGUCAGCUAUGACAUCAUGCCUUAAUCCCCUCAUCUCAUUCAAGGACUACGCUGCUCCGUAUUUGGGCUCCAAGCGGACCUGGCCUGCGCUUACCGCUAAUCCUAAUCCAUUUGGCACUAAACAAAAUUUUAUUACCUAGGUGGAAACAGCAGCAGAUGGGUAGAUAACUGCUGCAGACUGCUGGGACUGAUACAUCUGGCAACCUAUCCUAACCCUAUCAAACAAAGGACUUAAUACCUUAUUAUUUGUUUGCUUUAGCUAAAGUCUUCUCGCAUUGUUUUGGUGUUUGUCUGGACUAUCAAAGGAAGUUAAGUUGAUUUAAAAAAAAAAAAAAGUCAGAAAGGACCAAAAAAGGAUGCUUAAUUUUAACUAAUCUACAAAAUUAUGCACAGCUGCGUCAGAGAUAUUGUGCAUGGCAUCCACAAAUGGCACGGAUGAACGAGCCAACAAUACAGCCCUUGAGCAAAUCAGGGAAAAUGUCACAGUGACGUGAUCCAUCGUCUCCCUGAAUCUGGCAAAAACCCAGUCCAACAGUUUGAGAUUUUGAGCAUGAAAGCCUCUCAUUCUUGUCACAUCAUGGAAAAAUGUCUGCUUCACCUCCUAAAUUAUGACAAAAGUAAAACAGCGAAGUAACUUUGCGUUCGCUUUUUCUAUGGCUUGAAAGAGUCAGAAUGUAUUGUGGUAGAUUUUACAGGUUUUAAAGAUACCAUGGGGAAUUUUGAAGUGAUUAUCAAAAAGAUUGAAAUCAAUACUGAUGAGUCUUGAUGAGCGACAAAGGCAAACAAAAACAUAAUUGAGAAAAUUAAUUAUUUCUAUUAUCAUUUUAAAUGCAUAUAGAUAAUGCACAGGGUAUGAGUUAAUCACAAACAGCCUUUUAAACUUAGAGGCUUGGCUGAGAUUCCUUUCUUUUUCAUUCUUAUUGAAAAUUGAAUGUAAAUAGACAAGAUCAGGAAGGCAAUGAGGGCUCCUGAUUUGACAAAAGCUACUUUAUCCCAUCUUAGGUUUGGUCUUGAUAAUUCAUCAAACAAUGAGCGUGGUCUAGACCUGCUCUUUUUCUUUCUUUUUUCUUGGGAUGAUGACUGUUGUGAAUUGGCGCUAUAUAAAUAAAAUUUGAUUGAUUGACUUUAUCAAAACUAGCAUAAUCUGUAGGUUUCUUUUAGGAACUUAAAGCAGCUAAAAUCCCUUCAUUUGCCUUUUUAAUUUAAAUUUCCUGCUGGAUUAGGUUCUCAAAUAACUCUAAAAUACUGUAACACAGCAAAGGAUGAAUACAAAUCUUGAGUGCUUUUUGUGCGUUUGAAUUUUGUGUCCAUUUUUAUGUCAUCGUCUGUCUGAUUGUGUAUCUCUCCAAAAAGGCUUUUUCAACCAGAGCCCAGUUUUCCACUCAAAACAUGCUCUGUUUGGGGCACCAAUGGCCUAAUAGUCUAAGUGCAUCUCAUAUUUGGAGGUGACCAUGUGGCCUGCUCCCUGCUCUCUCUGUUUCUUUCUCUUUACACUGUCCCGUGUUCCAUCUUUGAAGAUAAACCUAAAAAUAAAUAAAUAGACAACAUGGCAUCAGUCACAGAUUAAGACCUGCUGUGUUUUCUUAAAGUAAACUAAACAAACAGACUAAAGUAGCGCAUGUUGAUGUCUCACAAAAGCAGUUGUCGUGCUCAUUCACACAGAUCUUGGGAUUUGCCUUCACCAAGCUUAUUACAAGUGGCUAUUGUGUGGAGAUUAGCCAACCAACUACCAAGAUCAUUGUAGACAAAGGAGGACAGCCCGCACAGUCAGAACUCUGGAUUGACCACAACAACAAGCAAAACUGUCCAUGUCAGCGCCGCUAAGUAAGCCCAUUGCUAGAGCAUUAUGUCUCUGAUUAGACGGUUAAAAGGAUCAGGAUUAGCUUAAAGAAGUCUGAGGCUACGCAAGGUUUAGUUAGGCCGAGAGGACGACAGCUAGAGGGAACACGUGGAGGGAAAAGAAAAUGGUCAGACAUCUGUCCCUUCUGCACUAUGUAGGUCAGUCCUACAUUCAGGAUCAGCCAUUUAGUAAAAGCAACACACCGUACAAAGACUGAAAUACUGCAAUGUAGGCACCAGGCAAAACCUAUUUACUGGAAAAAUCUGUGGGCAGAGGAUUCUGUGCUGGAGUGAGUGCUCAGAAUUUGUGGAAAUAGCAGUCCUGACGUCUUCUGUCUUUUUUAUGUUGUUAAAAAAUAUAUUGUCUUUAUUCAAAAGAUAUUGCAAUUUUUAGUACAAAAACACUCUUCUUUUUAUUGCUUUUUGGGGAGUGCAUACAUUGUAAAAAUUUAACGAAUUAAAAGCUACACACAAGAUGAUCUGUGCAUGGCUUUACCAAACUGUUGUGUUAACUAUGUAUUUUAGUAGGCUGAAUCAUUCUUACACAUUUUGCGGAUUUAUGAAAACAAUUUCUCAACUUGUAAUGUUCCUGAAGAUGAUGUUUUUCACCCUGCAAAUCUGUUAAUGGUCCCUGUAUUUGCUGCAGAGAAUUUAUUUGUCCUUAAGGGAUAAUCCUAUAUUAGCAUCCUUGUGCAUAUCUUAAAAAGCCGUCUUCAAUUCCUUGCUUUCUUGCAGUUGCAACACCUUACCGUGUCUUUUCUCUUUUUCCACAGCAAAGUGAACCCCAAACAAGCAACAAGAGUUACAUCAAGUAAGUAACAAAUGUGGCGUGACACCAGGCCUGAUUCAAUCAAACCUGCCAUGGUCAUUUUGAUGCUGAUGUGCUGGAUAGAUGCUCCUGACAACUGUUCUUCACUCUGAAUGCCGGAGACGUCUUUGCUACAUUUUAACACAAACCGAUUUUGAAGUGUGGCGUGUGUGUGAUGCAAACACCUCAGUGGUGAUUCAGAGGUGUAUGUGAGUGAGUGUGUGUGUGUGUGUGAGGCUAUAUUUAGACCCUUUGAAAAAAAAGGCAUAAAGGGAUGAAGACAUUUCUUUAAUUUACAUGAUUAAAAUUUUAUGUUGCUGGAACAAAAUAAGGAGUAAACAUUGGAUAAUGCCACCUUAACCGGGAAACAGACUGCUGAUGAGUCACUGUGAUGACGCAAAACAACUGGAAAUAGAGAAGAGUCUGAGCUCUGAGGUGUAUGCAGGAUCUAGUUGUGCUUUUGUGCGUCUGUGUGUGAGUGUCGUGUGUAGAGUGGGCUAAACUUCAUGAUUAUGUUGCAAUCUGCAAUGCAGCAUUGCAAUCAGCUUAAAAUGUAUACUGAUAUAAUCUUUCAUGGCGCAGUAUGUAAUGUAUGUCUGUGUGUGUGUUUCCAGGUCAAGAUGGUGGGUAUGGAUUACAGAGUGAAGAGGUUAUUUUGACGCCUGAAGAUGAAAACCCUCUCAGGAGAAUACUGCAGGUACACACACACACACUCUCUCUUUGUCUUCCCUCUAACUAUAUCCACCACUAGGUUUCUAUCUUUAUCCUCAUAUACAAACACACAAACACACACACAUAUACACACUAAUGCUGAAAUUCAUGCACACAAAACAGAGAACUCAGCUGUACUGCUUGACCUUGGUUGUGGGAAUAUUGUUAGUUUCACUUUCACCUGAGGUUAAACACUCUUGCUACACACACACACAUAGGACCACUGGAAUGGAAAAUUCACCUUAAUAUACUGUACCAGCUGAUGCAUUCAGGUAUGGUUACAUCUGUUUCAUAGAGAUUAAGUAAUUUUUUGCAACAAUCUCCCUUAAACUACUGCAACCAAUCCAAAAAAAAAGAGAGAGAAAAACAUGAAAUACACUUUAAAGCAACAGUACAUUUCAUGUGAAGUAAAUCUGGAUUAGCCUAAAUUCUCUCCAAUGAGACAUGCCCCUGUAGUACAGAGUGUAAAAAACUAAAGGGGGUUGUUUACAUCUACACAGUGCAGAAAUGCAGUCAGCUACAACACUUUGAUGCAAUUUAGAAAAGCUACAGUGCUUUAACAGCAAAGAAAACAGCUGCCUCCUUGUGUAAGUUUUAAAAUGAGUUGAAACACAAUUUACAGGUACGGUGAGGUCAAAAUGAGGAGCUCGAUAAAAUUACAGCAGAUUUAAGAGGGAGGCCUGCAAGGCUGUGCAUCAAAGCCAGCUAGGAUUGGGACUGUUGUGUUGAAUAAAUCAAAAGUGCGCGCAGAGUAGACUUUCAUACCCUGUAGAAGAGGAAUAUCAAACUGAAAUGGUAUGCCGUGUUUUAAAGCACUGGAAUACUCAAGUGUUGUCCCAGUUUAAUGGCUGCAUACUAGACAUGCACACUAAUUCACCAGACUACUACUCUUCUAAGUCCACUGGCCAGGAUGCAAUUUGGCUACAUUUUGAGGUCAACUUCCUGGUGAUUAACACCCAGUAAGACGGCACCCGUGCACUUUCCGCUCUGACCAGGAAGCUCAGCUGAAAUGGGGCACAGCUUAUAAGAUGUCUUAGUAUAGAAAUCUGAUAUCCCUCAAGAGGAUGACACAGAAUGCAAAACCAUUUCUGCUUAGUCUUUGAUAGCUCGAUAACAGCUUUAUUUCUAUCCUCCUGAACUCCUUAUCUUUGUCUGUUUACAGCCUUUUAAAUGGCACCAUGCAGGGAUGUCCCACAGUAAGAGGAAGCUGCUUCAGUCUCUGAUGGGGCCUUAUGGCCCUCUGAGUGUGUCUUACAAUGGGAAAACCUGCAUUCUGUUCAAGGCAAAGCGCCUGGCAAUCCGGUACAGAAACCAUACCUUUAUCGACUUGACUGAGCGGGUCUUCAAUCCCAACUCACCCGUAGACACAAAAGGAUCCGUCUGCACCAAAGAGAAAGCAACGUAAGUCAAUGUGUGAAGAGUAGGCACAGAAACAUCACUUCUGUUCAAGGAAUGCUUUUAGGCUAGUAGCAAGAUCUUGCAUGUUUAUAUCACACAACAAAGAAAGAACUGCAUUAUAAACACUCCAACCAGUUGUGAAUUUCUCUGGGUUGUUUAAACGAAUCAGAUAAUUUAUGUAUGGUUUUGUUUUGCAACAGGCUAUCACUAAGAUUUGGAGACGUGGAGGAUUUGCGGGGUCUAGUAAUCAGGUAAAUGUCUUGUUUAUGCUUAUAAGGGUGCAAUGGUAAAAAUAUUCAUUCUGAGUAAUUUCAGGGCUCUUGAGUUUUCCUUUUUUUAUUCAUUUAUUUUUUUUUUACCUUCGAUCAUUUUUGUCAUGUGUGCCCAGAAAGGAGCAGGAAAAGCAAAAAGUGAUGAGCAUAAAUUGCCUCAUUUAUAGAGAAACAAACCUCUUAAUGAACUAUAACAAACAAAACAAAUGUGGGCCUUUUGUUGGUCGCCUUGUCAUUUUAUGGUUUUGAUUCUUAAAACACAGUAAUAGGAGGGCAACUGGUUUUGACGAUAGCCUUCUUGUGUGUACGAUUCAUGAGUGUACACGUUAGUGUAUGUGUAUCAGCCCUGCAAAGCUCCACCAUGUGGUUAGCAGGGGAUGCAGAUUUGGAUCCUGCAUGUUUCUUUUUUAAAUUUAUUUAUCGAUAUGUUAUAUUUAAAAUGUUAUAAUCAAGAAAUAUAAACAGACCUGUUGAUGUAAAAGUGUUCUUAGUGCCUAAUAUGUGAAAAUGAGUUCUGUGUUGUGUGUCUGUCCCCUUACUGCGCUAAAAAUGUCCCAAACUAAGACUUACGCCAAAUUUGAUUGUGCAGUUCACCCUCCAGAGCUCACUUAAAAUGUAUUUCUUUUUCACAUUCAUUCCUUUGAGCAGUCUGUUACUGUAUUAGAGUAUUGAGUAAACUAGUUCAUGGACUGUGCGUGCAUCUAAAGCUGUCUCCUCCGCCAGGCUUCAGAUGUCAAACACCUUUUACGAGGCAGCUGGUCAAAACUGGUUCACACUAGACAGCGUUCACAUCCACUACAACUGGACGCAGGAGGCUACGUUCAAUGCCAGCGAGGUCUACGCUCCUGCCACUUCAUCCUACCAUUGCCAGCACGUCAGCAGCCUGCACAAAUAUGACACCCUGCUAGUGCCCAGCUCCCACACUGACACAUCCGCUAACUGGCACAUCACUUUCACAGAUUUCCAGGUACACUAUUCCACAGCCUUUCUUGUGCACAUUCACCGUUGUAUCGUCGUCUAUUCUUCCUGUGUUCCUAUCGUGUGCAUGUUUCUGUAUGUUAGCCAGCCAUCUUCUUCCUGUUCCUUUGUUCCUUCUGUUUCGCUGUCUGUCUCUCUGUCUGUCUGUUUACCGUCUGUUUGGCAGUCUGUCAAUCUGUCUGCACACUCUGUUUAGCCAUCUGCUAGGCUUUCUCAACCUGUCCAUCUGCCCAAUGUCUCUGUGCUUGGUAAGUCCAAUAAGAGCUAGUUGUCCUCUUUACUUCAUCCUAAUCUCAUCUUUCCGCCUUCUCUGUGUCCUUUCAGAUCCAGGCCUUCAAUGUGCAGUCGGAUAAGUUCGCGUCGGCCAGUGACUGUGCCACUUUCCUGACGCCGGCUAUCCUGAUGGGCUUGGUGACCUCUCUGAUCCUGCUCCUUGUCUUAGCCUAUGCCCUGCACAUGGUGGUACACCUCAAGCACAUCGACCGCUAUGAGGAGCACAAAGCCACUGUCUACUUCCCCCGUAGUCCAGAGGCGGAGUUGCCCGACAAAAACAGCCUGUGAAGGAAAAGGACAGCUGGAGGACAACAUGGGGGAAAGAGAGCGAAAGAGAAAGCUGUGAAGCAAAGAUGAGGGGAUUGCCAGUGAUGACAAGAAUAAAAAAGUAUCCUCCACAGAAUAUCUGUCCAACAAAAGACAACUUUGCCUGUUUGUAUGAAAACCUUGUAAGUCUUAACUACUUUCAGAAAACGCAGACUUUGGUUGGAUACUUUUUCUUCUUUCCUCAUUGAUCUGCAUCUUGGCAUCCAUUUCUAAUAAGGCCUUUGGAUGUUCAAGCCCCUCCCUGAGAGAUGUCCAAUGUCAAAGGUCAAGUACCGCCCCAGGGCCCUGAAGGGCAACAACAUUUGAAGGCCUUUACCCCAGUCAGCCACUGAAACCACAAAAGACUAGCACUUGUAGCUAAUACAGCUAACAUUAGAUGCUCCUGAUUAUAUGUAUGUAUUACACUGCUCCAAGGUGUCAAAUUGCAAGCUUCCAUCAUGCUCUUUGUCUUUCCAGCUUUCAUUACAGUGUAGUUUGUCUAAUACUGCUGCAAGAAAUAUACGCUUUAAACGGCCAGCUUUGUAGCUGAACUAGCCGUAUUAGCUGCAUGCUAUAAAAGGCUGGUCUAUCUCAGCUAGCUCAGUGUUUCCUGAUGAACAGAAUAAAGAGGGUCUUGCAUGAGUUGCAGUUUAAAACAAACAAAUGAACAAGAAAAAAAAAAAACAACUACAGAGAAAAGUAGAGGGAGCUUGAAAAGCUAUGGCGUGUAAGGAAACUAUUGGGAACCACUGGGCUAGCGUCUGGCUGGAGUGAACGGACUAUCUCGCACUUCUGGCCCUUCAGAGCCUCUGGCAUCUCUCACCCCGCCCCUGAAAAAGACUGCUGCUUUGGACUUAACUGUGAAACGGCCUUUUUACAGACCAGCCAGACAAAGGGGGGUUCUACAAACUAGCACAACAUUGGUUAGUUGCAACAGCACUAACAAACAAAUGAACUAUCAAAGACUUUUUCAAGGAACUAUGCUGCACAUGACUGCCCAUCCGAGGGCAUGGCAGGAAUGCGGGUCUUGCGAUGACUUGUCUCUCUGAGAGUCAAGUGUUGGGACAAGGGAGGCCAUGGGUCCUCCAUCCACACCACUGGGUUUGACUGCCAAAGUGAAGCUUCAAAGGAGUUGCCAUAAAAAUAUGGUGGGAGACAGAGUGAGACAAUGUGAAAGCGAGAGCUAACCAUUACAGCUAUGUACAAAGCAAAAACACAUACAUGUACAGAAGUGUCACUCUGCGGAGGUCUUUUUUUAUAUACGAUAUAAUCAUGAAAUACUAUUAGGUACAGGAUGACUAUGCUAAUCCUCAUAACCAAAAGGAUAUUCAAAGCUGUAGAUACCAUUAAGAUCUCUAUACGAUCAUAGCUGUUUACUAUCUUCAAAUAUUGCACAACUAAUAAACAUAGGUACAAGUAAGACAUUGUGCUAUGAGGAUUGGUGAAAGUAUCAAUGCAUAUGAUUUUUUCUACAAAGUAUUAACGUAUUACACUGUCUGUCUCUUUGUUUUAACCUGGGCCAGACAAUGUGUGGUCCAGUUUCAUCUAACUGUAAAUUACAGUACAAAUUCCUACCAUAGAAGGACAAUACUAUGGAAUGCCGUCCACCCAUUGGGACUUAUAGAUGCCAUUAUUAUGCCAGAAGCCACACUAGCAGCAGUAACAGCAUCAGUAAGUCAUUACUACUGAUAAAAACACUCAGCAUGACAGUAAAUAGAUAUCUUAACAUUCGAUAUGGCAGUUCUGUCAAUCUGUAGCAGUGUGAAAUGUGUUCUUUGGUCAUAAAUGUAUCCUACAAACUAUGAAAUGAGUGGAGGCGGUUUGUCCAAGGACUGACUGAUGUAGAGUGAACAAUAAAUGAUAUUCAGAGGACGAGGAG